UGUGGAUUUCAGGCGAAAUCUUUCAGCCCUAACAAGAUAGCGGACAAUCAUUUGAGGGAAACCAUUGUAUUCUGCUUUCGCGAAUCUGAGGUAAGACCAAAUUUUGAAUCACAAAUAUUACGUCAGUGCUCUAAAGAAUUUCUUUUCUUAUAAUUGAAUGUCUGAUUCAGUAUGCUUUUGUUGAUUUUUACUUUUUUAUUUUUAUCCACUAGGCUGCUUUCCUCCGGCUUAAAUCAUAAUAUUGAUAUUCCAACCGCCCUAUACUCGCCUUUUGGAGGAUUUUAAGACGUUAAAUUUCACUCCUGUGCACGUCAAGAUAUCGUUUGUAAGGUAGGACGCCGAAAUUUAUAUAACCCGCAAUUACAGCGUGCAAACACAGAAACUCUUUUCCUACAUAUUAGCAACCAGACUCCUUUGCCAUCAACAAACAGUUUUUUCCAAUUAGUCUCUGCGACUAUUACAGUCAAAGCUCUUGGUAUUUUCCAGGUGUACACUUAAUUCAAAACGGUGCUAUCACGUUCUAUAAUAAAUUUUAAUUAAAGGACACAGUUACCCUUCAAAUAGUGGACUUUGCGAGUUGUCAUCUUAAAAGGAUUCAGCGACUCAUGCAAACAACAUUAAGAACUAAAGAAGAACUGUUCCCUUUUCUCUUGCGCAGGAUGUGACUUUUUGGCUAAAUCAACAGUUCCUUUCAAGAAAACGGCCGUUUCUCUAGGCUCAAUCACUGAAGUUUAACCUCGAGAACCAGAGGAUUGACUGAAGGAAUUGGUGGACAGGCGUAAAGAGGCUGAAUAGCUGAACACCAUAUGUGAUCGACAAACGUGGUUGGUUAUUUAACGGUCCUGAAUACAACUAAGAGAUAUUCUCCAUGUACAGCAUGGACCUGAAUAGCAACGAAUCGACCACAAAUUGUUCCAGCCCAACGUUUUAUUGCAGGUACGCACCAAACAUAUUACGGGAAAUCAGAGGCCCAGUCAGUUUUUACAUGAUCAUAGGCCUCACAACAGUCAUGGUUUCACUCCCGACCAUUAUUUUGAACGCAUUGAUAAUCUUAGCGAUAAAGCAAAGAAAAGAGCUGCAAAAACCUUCAAACAUUCUGUUGUCAAGCCUGGCCGUUACGGAUCUUCUAGUUGGUGCCAUAGUUAUGCCGACAUCUGCCACUGUUGAUUUCUUUACAUUAGGUCAAGUUUCCCCUGAGUUUACUUGUAUGUUAUAUUCGGUGAAUUUUUUUUUCCUUCCUUUACUCUUCGGAGCUACUAUGCAUCACUUGACUAUCAUUGCUUGGGAGAGGUACGUGGCGGUACAAAAAUGGAUGGACUACAAGCGUAUCAUCACAAAUGGCCGCCUCAAAAAGAUUGCGAUAGCUACCUGGCUCUCAGCGAUCUUCCUAGCGACUGCAAACUUUAUAACGACAGCGAUCGUUGUGGAUCCUAAGAUUUUGAACGGCUUUUUAACCGGGUGGACUGCUGUGGAAACUGUUUGUCUUUUUCUUGUUGUAUUCUUUUAUCGGAAAGUUUACCUUGGAAUACGCAAUCGGAAGCUAAACGAUAUCUCUCAAAUCGACGUCCUAAUUAAACAAAAACUGGAAUCUAAAGUUGCCAAGACAACUGGUUUGCUAACCGCUGCGUUUAUAUCCUCGUUUAUCCCCGUGUUUGUUUUUGCUAUCUUAGGAAAUGCUGUGCCAGUCUUUCGUACAAAUGCCGCUUUCCAGUUUACACAGAUGUUUGGGCAGAUUAACUCUCUAGUUAAUCCGCUGCUUUACUGUUAUAGAGACCAACGUUUUAGAAACGCUAUUCGAGAGCUGUUGGGGUUGACAAAGCCUAAAGCAAUACAGUCAGCAGUUGGUGCUGCUCAAUUUUUCAGGAGAAAGUAUUCAAUUAGGUCUUUAGAGCUUCCCAAAUUAGAAAAACGUAUGGAACGUCUGAAAAGAUCAGUAUCUUGCAAUCUAACUGAUGCUUUAUAUUCUGUUUAUGGAACACCCAACGUGGUUAUGUUGAAAAGGUCUUUGUCUGCCCCAACCCUUGAUACAAACAGCAGCUACUUAGAUGCCUUACAUCUGCAGCGACCUUUGUCCACCGUGGAAACAAACACAACGGCCCAUGUCGAAGGUGGCGUUUAAUGUACAGCGAGGUAAGACAGUCUUCCAGAUAACGGAGAUGCAGUUAGCUAAACCUGAAAUAACACCUGUAACCAACGCACCAGCAAUAAUUUUGGGACGUAAAGGAGUCGGGUUGAUUUCUGGACGACUCGAACUCUUAACUAAACAUGUCACUGCCAGCGGUUUCUAAAAUAAAAUGGCAGAAGAAUAUUACACUAAAAGCGGAACAACUAAUUAAAACACUGGAAAUAACAUUGAAAUACGGAACAGACGAUGAAAGUCGACAUUUACUUGAUGAUUCGGGAAUACGGCGAAAGACAGCAUAAAUGAACGUAACUUUGGGAACUAGAUAGGGAAUUGGUUUCUACAACACCGUUAAAUUAAUCAACUACGAUCCAAAUCUUGUGAUUCCAGCGACACUCCGUGAGAGAUACGUCAACCGGUACCUGUCAUGGAACGGUUCGAAGACCACCGAACAUCUCGGGGCCCCGCACGAACCACCUCUGAACAGCGACUUAAUUUGAGACAGGAUUUUGAAAAUUGCGAGGAACAGGGCAGACGGCACUACAAACAUUUCAGUCAUUUGGGAGGCAGUACCUAAGGGAAGCAAAAGCAUCUAAUGUUCUCUUUAACUGUUUGGGAUUAUUUAUCAAGUCGCUCUCCAUUUCUAUUUUGUAUAGGUGUUUCGAAGUCCAUUUUGAUGCAUUGUCCAAUCAAUUGAAUAUGUUUAGAGAUGAUACUUCCAGAAGAUCUUGUUGAUUGUUGAGGUCUUCGCUAAUGUUUACUAAAAAGGCACUGAAACACUCAGCUUUAUUUAAUUCAGGGGUUAUUAUCUCCUCACAGGGACCAGAAAUUGCACUAGUGGUUUUGGCCUUGUGUUUUUCAAGACUUGAUUUGUCAAUCUCCAUAUUCAUUUCGCUUGCAUGCUUCCUCUAAUAAUUUUUGCCACUAAGCAGCUUUUGUAGUCUUUUUAGCCAACCUUCAUUUCUUAGGAUCACCCCAUGACUUUGCGUCUUUCAGGAGUUUAUAUCUCUUAUUCUUUUACUUUCUAAUAGAAGGUGUUGAUCCAAGGAAGAGACGUAACUCUGAUCACGACAUCUCUUGAAAGAAGGUAGCUGAAGGUUGUGGUGUAAAGUUACAUUAUACACACAUUGCCAAAAAGCCACACUAUCGUCGAUAUCG